CUGUAUACAAAGCUACUGACAUGCUGCUCUAAAGUAGAUGUUGCGACUGCUGUGUACGACUAUAUAUCACUGUAAAUGACUGUAGGUCACUGUAAAUGACUGUAUAUAUGACUAUAAAUGACAGUAUAUAUGACUGUAAACGACAGUAUAUAACUAUACAUGACAGUAUAUACGUGUAAAUGUCCGUAUAAGUGAGGCACAGGUGAUUUAUGUGACUGAACAAACUCUGGUGCUCUGUGGUUACAGCCGCUGAAUGACAUUUGAAAACUGGACUAAAACAAGCGGACGAGCCUCAUUUCGCACUGUUCAACAGCUAAGAUAUGACUUUAACGGGCAAAGAGUCAGCGGUGCUUCAGGGAGCUUUCCUCCUGGCUAACAAACUGAGUCUGCCCUCAUCACUGUCCUCUCUUCAAAAGGCUGACUGGAGCAGGGUGGGACAUCCAGUCGUGGAAACAGUCAGAGAAAUCUGUGGGCUGGACGAAUGCAGCAGUCAUUCCAACCUCUGUAAAAAGAAGAUAGUUUGUGUUGUGUGGUUAAAGCUGUUGUGUGGAAAGGAUGAAGAAGAUGUAGAUGCAUCAUGGAGGGAGAACCCUUUCUUCCCUCUCCAGAACUGCCUCCCUGACGUCAACUAUGUUGUCCUUUUGGAGCUAGUAAGAUCAGUGGCAUGUGCAAACGAAUUUGCCCAUUUGCUUCUGAGUCUUCCCCAAUCUCAGAUCUAUAUUGAACUUGAAAGGCUGGCGCAACAUGUGAAAAGCAGCCCUACAAGAGAGGAGGAUGUGCGACUGUUUCUGGAGGUGUGGUGGGAACUGUGGAAGGGCAGAAAAGAACAGAAAUCAGGAGGAGAGGAAAGCACAGAGGCCAUGUUUGCCAAGGAGUUUGCUCGUCUGUCCUCUGAGUCCAUCAGUUUCUCUCAUCAGGCUGCUAAGAGAAUAAAGCUAGAAGCAGAAGAUCAGCUAGCAUCACCGCCAAACACUGACGUCCUGCAGAUUCUGCUUCAUGCACUUAAAGACAUAAAAGACCACAUAGUCUCAACAGAUGUCUGCCUCAGUGCUCUUUCUAUCUGCCUUGAUUCUCUUUAUACAGCCUUGCUGAUAGACCAAGAGGUCAUAAUUCCAACCAAAGAGAAGAUGCACUUGCUGUCUAAAGCUGUCAGCAUCAGAGGAAAGAAUGAUGAGAAACUCAGCCCUGAACUUAUUCAGGAUGUUCAGAGAGACUUCUGUGCCUCUCACACACCAUCUCAGUUUCAGUCCAACAAGAUGAAACUUGGAGAAGCUUUGAAUAUUAUAACAGACCUCACUCAGUUCUGGCUGAGCAGCGGCCUCCUGAAACUGGGUGAUGAAGCAAAUUUGAGUUACUCUGCGUUUAGAUUAGAACAAAGUGUCCGGAGAAUGCUAGAGGAAGCAGGCUUGUCUGAAACUACAACUGAAAUAGGUGAGAUGGAUAAACUCCGAAGUUUGCUGAAGUCACUGGCUUUCCCCACCAUACAGACGACAGCUGAGGCCGAUGCAAAGCUUUCUAUGACCAUCAUUAGUCACCGCCUGAAAGACUAUCAGAAGUUUGCCGUGUUGUUUGCCAGUGAGAAGAGCUGGGCCUCCUGUGAUGAGCACUGGUUGGACUGCCUGGAGAAGAACCAAGCAGCUUUCCAGCAGCACGAUACACUGAUCCGCCUCGCCUCCACCCUCAUGAGUAAACUCCAUGAGAGCUCAAAUGUGAGCCUGUGCAGGAAACUGAUGAAAGUCACUGCAGACAUUUUCUCAGCACUGUCUUUAGAAGACAAGAACAAGUCGUUGGCAGCCAUGUUGUGUUUGUCUCCCAGAGGGUUUUUUGGCCACGCCGUUCCCUCUGCUGUCACUGAAGGGUUUGAGCAGGAGCUCAACAUGGCCUUCAACUGCAUCAUCCAAGGAGGAGGAGCAGCGUCACCUGCAGCGUCGCAGGGAAAUCUGAAUACAGCUGCCUCUUUGGUCGCCAGAGUGGCCUUUCAGAAUCCACAAGCCACUUUGAGGUCUUGUUGUCAUUCAGCUAUUUUCAACAAGGGGGCGUUCUCUCUGAUGACCAAGAUCCUCCAGCUGCUGCCUGGACUCAGAGGACAGAGAGGAGGAAAAGAUGGAAGUGAAUGUAGCAAAACAGAAAUUGAAAAGCAAAAUAUGGAGAAAACAAAGAAUCGUAGCAGUCUGCUGUGCAGGUGUCUGCGGGAGACGAUCAAGAAAAAAUCAUUGUCGGAAGGUGAAAUAGAGCAGUUCCUCAAGUUUGUUGGUCUGCUGAUGAUGCCAGUGGAGGGAGAAGGAAGAUGCUUCCUGCCACCUCAGGAGGUCGUCAACUUCUUUGUGCUGCCGAACCUCUCCACUGUGGGUGACGGUUUGUUUGACAAAGACGUGAGUUUGAAACUUCUCCACACUGCUCUUUGCGUGGACGUCCAGGAUCAGGCGUCUUCUCCUCACUGGGUGUUGAACUGCUCUCCCUUUCCCCUUCUUUACGUGCUCGCCCAGCUGCACGACCAGGCCCAUGGUUUUUGGGAUCAGACAACAGAGGGUGCUGUCCACCAUUUGUCCAUGGAAAACAAGGAGCUGCUGGAGUCAGUGCUGUCCAUUCUGGGGCAGGUGGUUGGUGCAGAGGUGGCAGCAGCUCCAGACUCUUGGUCCAGAGCUCUUUUCUGGCUCUACAACAAGAUGGAGGGACUGGAUUGGACAGUUAGGUUCCACCUGAAGCCCGUGUGGGGAGAACACUUUAAAAAUGAGGUUCCCUUGUCACUGCUGACUGUGUCUGAAUUUCCCGAGCAGGAGUGGACAGGGUUGGACCUGCCUCAGUACGGCCAGGGCACCGGCCUUUUGGCCUGGAUGGAGUGCUGCUCUAUAUCGGACUCCCUGAGAAGCACCAUGUUGUCCUACCUCUCUCUGGACCAGCGCCGGCUCGACCAUGUCAGCAUGUUUAGCAAAGGCCUGCUAGUGGCGCUGACCCAGACUCUGCCCUGGUGCUCCGUGUCCCAGUGGUCCAGGCUGCUGGGGAUGCUGAGGGAGCUGAUCACCUCUGGACGCCUCCAUGUCCCCUUCUCACUGGAGUACGUGGAUUAUCUGCCCCUCCUGGACCUGAGGAGGUUUUCGUGUGAGCUCCGCCUGUCAGUGCUCCUGCUGAGAGUUCUGCAGCUGCUCUGUGGGUCCAGCUGCUCACACUGGCUCUCAGCGGAGGGCUGGGCACAUGUUGGCAGGUUGUACGCUCAUGCUGUGAGGGACGUGCUGAGCUCGGUAAGAGCCAAGCUGCCUCUCCCCUCAGCUGGAGCGCGGAUGGUCUCUGCUUCAACGACUCCUAAAACAGACGCUAAAAUUCCCUGCGUUUCAGUCGAAGCUACGACGGUGACUGAAGACUCUGUGAUGGAAGCAGACAACAACAACAAAGAGUCACACAUGGAAGAGGAGGAGAAGACGCUUCCCAGCCAGGAAGUCCUUUUUGUUCUCAGCCAGCUCUUCUGCCACGUCCAGCACAUCCAGGUGAUGAUGCCAGGUGGCCAGUGUGAAUCCCUCUUCCUGUCCAGUUUGGAGAUCCUCAGCCAUUACAAAGCCAUCAUGGCUGCCUUCCCUGACAGCAGCAACGUGCUGGAGAGCGACAACACACGACACUUCUUCUCCACCAUCACAGACAACCUGGAAAACCAGGAGAUGAAGGCUGUGCUGCAGCAGAAGAUCGCUCAGCUCAUGACAGCCGAUGCACACUGAUUUCUUUUUUUUUUCUUCACUGGGAAUCAGAGUUCAGAUGCGUACACAGGACACUCUGUAUUUGCUUUAGUUUGUUACUAAGGUAAGGAUGUCAUUUCAGUUGAGCUCAGAUAAUGGAGUUACUGCAAAGUCUUGUGUUUGGAAUCUGAAUGAAUAAAAAGACAACAUUUCACAGCAAAUGUCGUCACAAGUGUUACAA